AACUUUGGUGAACAUGGGAAGAGGCAGCACUGGGAAAAAACUUUUCUAUGUUGACUGCUCUCUUUUGGACUUUUCUACCUUUCAUCAAAGACCUCGGUGUCGAAGGAGCGGAGACAAAGGGAGGAUCGUUAGUUUGCUUUCGUAGCUUUAGAGUUACUUCUUUGUUUUUUGUGUUCACCAGGUAUUAUCUUGUUUUUGUUGCAUUUUUAAAAAAUUUCAUCACCACCGUCUGAGCUUUGAAGAAGGGAUCAUCACACACACACACACACACACACACACACACACACACACACACACACACACACACACCUGUUGCUGAGGAUUCCCCAGGAGCGCAGUCAUGUGCAUCUGCGUCACUGUUGUUGCUUGAGGGGAUCUGUGCGUCCGUGCAGCUGUUCUCUGGAGGUGGGCUCCUCGGUGAACGCUGCAGCAGAACCUGCCUGCUCAGGGUCAAGGAGGGGAGAUGUCAUCCUACUACCCACGCACCAAGGACCUGACCCGCACCAGAAAGUCACUGACAGAGUCACCACCGUCCUCUCCAUCCCCUACAGACAAAAACUACAGACAUGACAGACUGUCGAGGUACGACUCCAGUGGAGAAAGUGCGACGGACAGACCACUGGGCCGCACCAGCUCUUAUACGCGCAGAGAGACGAGACUGGCCUCUCUGAGUAAAGAUCAAGACUCCACCGCCAAAGACUAUAAGAAGAUGUAUGCAGAAGCUUUGCAUGAGAACGAGCGGCUCAAGUCCAGGUUGCACGACAGCAAACAAGAACUGGUCAAGAUUCGCUCCCAGCUGGAAAAAGUCACUCAGAGGCACGACAGGAUAUCAGAGAAGUCUUCGGCACUUGAAUCAGAGAAAAGGGAAAAACAAGCACUUGAGAGGAGAGUGUCAGACAUGGAGGGGGAGAUAAAGACUUUCCCUGCUCUGGCUCAGGUCCACACCUUGCGGAGGGUGAACGAGUGUCUCCUGGCGGAGAACAGAGCCAUGCUGCGUGUCCUUGCCCGCCUCUCUGAGACGGCCUCCAUGCCGGAGACGGAGGACCUCUGAUCCCCCGACACCACCUGUCCUCCUUUCCUCCCUUCCUCUCCCUUCCUCAGACACAUUACUUCUGCACUCCUCUGUCCUUCUGGUGCCUCUACAGCCCCCUCGUCCUCUGCUGUGUUCCUCUCAGGCAGAUCUUAACAGAGCUCAAGUCAGACAACCAGAGGCUAAAGGAUGAGAACGGGGCGCUCAUUCGAGUCAUCAGCAAACUGUCUAAAUGAAAAGAUAUGUGAAGCUCCAUGUUCUCUGUCUGUGGACGCUCCAACCCUGAAACAGCAGUUUCAUUUCCCCACACAUCCCAAGCCGUGACUCCUCUCUGAGCUAUGGUGAUGAUGGUGAUGGGCCAUCUCGGCUGCAGAAAUAAAUUCCCACUGCCCACGUUUCACAGUGUAAUGAUGGAGUUACAAUAAUUGUUUCUACUUGAUUAGUUAGUGUCAUUUUGUCAUAUAUAAAUAUUUCACAUUAAUCGAAUAGGGACCAGUCGUACUGUUUGAGUUGAAACAAAUCCAGGGGUUUGCAUGAAGGAACUGCAUCUAAUAUAACGUCACGUUUGUUGCCACAUCCUGCACUGCAGAGGAUUUUUAAUGAUGUCUUAUCUAUGAACGAGAAACCAGUUAUAUCAUU